AUGGCAAUUUGUCGAGAGGUUGUGUCGCUGCUCUACUGGGCCAUGCUGGCUGCUUGCACCGUCGGCCCCGGUACAGUGGUGACUUGCGCACGGGCGGGGGCCGAGUAUCAGCUGCACUUCGUCUGGGCCCUGCUUUUCGCUUCCUUCCUCGCCUUCACACUCCAGGAGGGCUCUGCGCGGCUUACGAUCGUCUCAGGCAAAACGCUGGGGCAAUGCCUUCAGGAAAAGUACGGGCAGGUGCUCCCGAAGCUCGGCCUUAGUGGUCCAGUGCCCAGGUUUUGUGGAGCGUUGGCACUGGCCGUGUACUUCGGCAACUUGUUGUACGAGUGCAACAACUUCGCGGGUGGCAUCGACGCCCUCUUCUCCUUCCCAGGAGUGAAGCAGAUUCCUUCCGAACUGCUGCGCAUCGGGGGCUGCUUCGCAUAUGCUGUUGCUGUGCUGGGUAUCUUGUACCUCGACAAAGCAGAUGCGGUCGGAGUCGGGCUGGGCAUUACGAUGAUGGGCAUGGUGGCACUGUUCCUGGUGGUGGCAGUCACUGUGGGCUGCUCGUGGCGCGCCCUUUUACUCGGUUCUCUUCCAUCGCUCCCGCACCGAUCGCCCCUACACGAUGCUGCGGCGCCGUGCGACACGGCACUGAGUUUGGUGGGCACCACUGCAAUAGGCAUGAACGUCUUCCUUAGCGGCGCCAUGGCACGGCAGAAGACGCUGGUGGAGUGCCGGCGCGGUAUUGCAUUCUCGUGUUUAUCAGCUCUGGUCGUUUCCGUCCUGAUCCUGAUCGUUGCUGCAAGCGUGUUCAAAGCGGAGGGUCGAGCUACUGGUCGGUUCAACAUGGAGUUCAACAUCGUCGAUCUGGCUAAAUCCAUCAACGGAUAUUUUGGAGCAGCAGGCACGACGCUAUUUGCCCUUGGUUUCGUGUCCGCGGCUCUAAGUUCGAUGCUGACGGUCGUCAUCGGAGCUGCGCUGGCCUUCGAGGGGCUCCUCCUGCAGCCGCUUCGGGAUGCCGAGGGGAAGUUGGUGGAACCUCGCUUAUCUCAGAGAAGCUAUUGGUGGAUUGCCUUCAGCAAUGUUUCCGUGGCUGUUUUCACCAUCUUGGUGAACCUUCCUCGGCCCACCAUCAUCCUGGUGGCGCAGUUAUUCAAUGGAAUUCUGCUGCCCUUCUACUGUGUCUCUUUGCUGCUCUGCCUCACGGACAAGAGGUUCAUGGGUGACGCCCCGCAGAGCAUCUUUGCCAACGUGUGUCUCUACACAUCAGUGACAGUAGCCUUCAUCCUGGCCUGGCGAGUUGUGGUCCAGAAGUCAACACUGCUGCUCUUCCUGGCCACAGGUGUUCGAUUGCUAGACACGGCUACGUCGGUGCUCCUCGUGGCCACGUGCCUGGCAGUGCUGUCUAUGCUGGCAGUCGGACGAUACGCACACAUCACCGGCCGAACGGCCAGGUUCUAUGAUUCCUCUGAUGAAGGACCCCGUGGACCGAGCGAGGGAAGGCGGUCGGACGUUCGGCUGCGGCUGUCGCUGGUCGCAGAUCGGCUUGAGAACGCAGCGCUGUCAUACUGGUCCGAUGGGCGCAGGUCGGAUGCAGGUGCACCCAGCGGACCUGCAGUGUCUGACAAUGACGACAGUCCUUCAUUCGUGUCCUGCAGCUCCUCUCCGUCACGGAGAAGUUGCGACAUGAGCACACCAACCAGCCUGGACACUUGGGAGUCUGCGCGAAGCUGCCUGUCCAAUGCGCCUCCGCAAGCGCAAGAGGCUGCCCCGUGCCAGGGACCCUCGGCGUCUGCGCUUGCAAAGGAGCUGAAGCAGGAGUUGCGACGACGUUCCAAUCCCCGCGAUGGCCGCCAGACAUCGGUGGUGGUGUCUCCCGACACUUGUGUGCAGGAUCUGAAGACGAAAGUCCAACAGGAGCUCCGCAUCGCUAUCGCCAGUCUAAGUGGUCCAGGAGGCUUGCUACACCCGCUGUGGACGCUGUCAGAAGCAGGGGUUUGCAGCGGAGACACACUGUUUGCAAUCUGCUGCCCAGCCACAAUUGCCUCCAGUCGCCGCUCGUCUGUCUUCGCGCUGACCCGUCGCGAUGGAUCCGCGGUGACCUGGGGUGGGAGCGGAGACAGCAGCUGCAAUUUGCAAGAGCAGCUUCAGGAGGUCGUCCAAAUCCGGGUCAAUAUGGCGGCGUUUGCUGCUAUUCGUUCUGACGGUUCUGUGGUGACUUGGGGGAGCAAGGCCGCAGGAGGGGACAGCAGCGCCGUCCGGGACCAGCUCCGUAAUGUUAGUCAGAUCCGGAGCACUUCGGAUGCCUUUGCUGCUCUUCGAAACGAUGGCAGCGUCGUGACCUGGGGAAACCAUGCGAACGGAGGAGACAGUCGCAAGGUGCAAGAUCGACUGCUAGACGUGCACGCGCUCCGCGGCACAGCCUCGGCUUUUGCAGCGCUCUGCAGUGAUGGCCGAGUGGUGACCUGGGGACAUUCCAGGAGUGGAGGUGACAGCCAGAAAGUGCAGAGCGAGCUCUUCGAUGUGGUCGACAUCAGGGCAACCUUUGGAGCCUUUGCGGCCAUCCGCCGGGAUGGGCGAGUUGUGGCCUGGGGAAAUCACAGUCACGGUGGCUCAGUGCCCCAGCCUUCCAGCUCGCGCUUGGCCCUCUGCGACGUAAGGCAGUUACGUGGCACAGACUUCGCCUUCGCGGCACUCCGCAAGGAUGGGCGAGUGGUGGCUUGGGGGGAUUCCAGGCACGGCGGGGAGACAAGCCGCAUUCAGGAUCAGCUGACCGAUGUUCGACAGAUCCGCUCCUCACUCGGUGCCUUUGCAGUCCUGCGUGCAGAUGGGACAGUGGUCACCUGGGGUAACGAGCACCAUGGCGGUAACAGCUCCGCGGUCCAGGAGCAGCUCCAGGACGUGCGCCUUCUUCGGCCGUCCGGCUUCGCUUUCGCUGCCCUGCGUGCAGAUGGCAGCGUAGUGACAUGGGGCAAUCGACGCUGCGGCGGUGACAGCCGAAAUGUGCAGCGCCAGCUGACAGAUGUGAUUGAGAUGCGAGGCUCAAGUUCUGCCUUUGCAGCUGUCUGCGCCGACGGUCGUGUGGUCACUUGGGGCAAUGAAGCAAACGGGGGUGACAGCAGCACUGUACAGAAGCUGCUCCAGAAGAGUUCAGACAUGUGA